GACAAGAGCCCUGGUUUUCUACGCUGCCCUUGGCCACCACACUGCCUGCCCCACGAGCUGGGAGGCAGGUUUUGUACGGCAGCCGCUGCAGCCGCCACACCUUUGCCCCUGCCGCGAUGACCCUGUCGCCACUUCUGCUGUUCCUGCCACCGCUGCUGCUGCUGCUGGACGUCCCCACGGCGGCGGUGCAGGCGUCCCCUCUGCAAGCGUUAGACAUUUUUGGGAAUGGGCCACCAGUUAACUACAAGAUGGGCAAUCUAUACCUGCGGGGGCCCCUGAAGAAGUCCAAUGCACCACUUGUCAAUGUGACCCUCUACUAUGAAGCACUGUGCGGUGGCUGCCGAGCCUUCCUGAUCCGGGAGCUCUUCCCAACGUGGCUGAUGGUCAUGGAGAUCCUCAAUGUCACGCUGGUGCCCUACGGAAACGCACAGGAACAAAAUGUCAGCGGCAGGUGGGAGUUCAAGUGCCAGCAUGGAGAAGAGGAGUGCAAAUUCAACAAGGUGGAGGCCUGCGUGUUGGAUGAACUUGACAUGGAGCUAGCCUUCCUAACCAUUGUCUGCAUGGAAGAGUUUGAGGACAUGGACAGAAGUCUGCCACUAUGCCUGCAGCUCUACGCCCCAGGGCUGUCGCCAGACACUGUCAUGGAGUGUGCAACGGGGGACCGCGGCAUGCAGCUCAUGCACGCCAAUGCCCAGCGGACAGAUGCUCUGCAGCCACCGCACAAGUAUGUGCCCUGGGUCACCGUCAAUGGGAAACCCUUGGAAGAUCAGACCCAGCUCCUGACCCUUGUCUGCCAGUUGUACCAGGGCAAGAAGCCGGAUAUCUGCCCUCCCUCAACCAGCUCCCUCAGGAGUGUCUGCUUCAAGUGAUGGCCGGUGCGCUGCGGAGAGCUCAUGGAAGGCGAGUGGGAACCUGGCUGCCUCCCUUUUUUUCUGAUCCAGACCCUCGGCACCUGCUGCCCACUAACUGGAAAAUUUCUAUGCAUCCCAUGAAGCCCAGAUACACAAAAUUCCACCCCACGAUCAAGAAUCUUGCUCCACUAAGAACGGUGCUAAAGUAAAACUAGUUUAAUAAGCCCUU